GGCCGCACCGCAUGUCGCAGUUCUCUCUCCGGAAGCCUCUCUUCCAUUCAUAGGGCUUCGAACUGCGUGGCGUGUAGGAGGCGAGGGAGACUCAUCGCUGGCAACAUGGCGGAGGCGAGCACCUGCAACAUGGAGAGCUUUGUAGCCAAGUUGGCCAAUGGAAUGAGCCUGUCGCCUGCAAUGGAAGAUGUUUCUGGUACCCAACCAGAGGGCACUGUCAAACCAGCAGCUGAAGAGAUGACCUCUAAAGACUACUACUUUGAUUCAUAUGCACACUUUGGUAUCCACGAGGAAAUGUUGAAGGAUGAAGUUCGGACACUGACUUAUAGAAACUCAAUGUUUCACAACAGACACUUGUUCAAGGACAAAGUUGUCCUUGAUGUAGGAAGUGGAACCGGAAUCCUCUGCAUGUUUGCAGCCAAGGCUGGGGCAAAAAAAGUCAUUGGGAUUGAGUGCUCAAGUAUUUCGGACUACGCUAUCAAGAUUGUGAAGGCAAACAAGCUAGAUCAUGUUGUAACGAUAAUCAAGGGCAAGGUGGAGGAGGUGGAACUGCCAGUCGAAAAAGUUGAUAUCAUAAUCAGUGAAUGGAUGGGAUAUUGUCUGUUCUAUGAAUCGAUGCUCAACACCGUUAUAUAUGCACGGGAUAAAUGGCUGACACCUGAUGGGCUCAUAUUUCCUGACCGUGCAACACUUUAUGUGACUGCUAUAGAAGAUAGACAGUACAAAGACUACAAGAUUCACUGGUGGGAGAACGUCUAUGGCUUUGACAUGUCAUGUAUCAAGGAUGUAGCCAUCAAGGAACCUCUUGUUGAUGUAGUUGAUCCUAAGCAACUAGUCUCAAACUCUUGUCUCAUUAAGGAAGUGGACAUUUAUACAGUUAAAGUUGAUGACCUCAGCUUCACCUCUCCAUUCUGCCUCCAAGUAAAGCGAAAUGAUUACAUCCAUGCCAUGGUGGCUUAUUUCAACAUAGAGUUCACACGCUGCCACAAGAGGACAGGCUUCUCUACAAGCCCAGAGUCUCCAUACACUCACUGGAAACAGACAGUCUUUUACAUGGAAGAUUAUUUGACUGUAAAAACUGGUGAAGAGAUCUUUGGAACGAUAAGCAUGAAGCCGAAUGCCAAGAACAAUCGUGACUUGGACUUCACUGUCGACAUCGACUUCAAAGGCCAGCUCUGUGAGCUUUCAUGUUCUACAGACUACAGAAUGCGCUGAAACAAAGAACUGCCCGGCCUGAUGAAACCCAUUAUGUAUACAUUUAGCUGUGUGGUUUUAUUUACAUAUAGCAUACACCUUUUUAACCUGUUCUGCUAGCCUGUGUGCAGACAGGUCUUUUAGAAUCCCUGACCAGUCCUGAAUGUCCCAGCUGCACUAAUGAUGUGGACUUGCCCUUCAGAAAAUGCCUGUGAGGUUUUCAGGGAACCUCGGUCAACCUUCUAAUCCUGUAAAUAAAGAUCCAGAGUGGAUUUUCUAAGACAGCUGUUAUAAGGAAUUACCACAGGUUCAGAGUUUUACUAGCCUUGGCAAGUAUCCUGUGAUCCUGUGUUAAUGAGGCCUGUGGGCCAUCUGUGUACUAAAGUAUUACUUCAUUCCAUUAAUUUUAGUGGUCCUAGAAUCCACCUUUUUGUUCCACUCAUGAUCAUGACUGUCUUUACAGUAAUUGCUAGCAUGUGGUGUUUUCUGGACUUUGAGAGCCAUCUUGUGGCGCUAAAAUAAAAUCACUUUGCUGCCAAUAUGGAACUUGUUUAGUAACCCACUAACGAGGGUGAUGAAUGUUUCUUGGCAGUGUAGACUUUAAAUUGGUAAUUUUUCUGGUUAUAAGGAAAGUCUGUCCCACUUGACCACAGCAGAUGUGCUCUACACAAUGUAGAUGAACUGUUUCUUAGGCGCUGCCAUUUUGUAACUUUUUUUUUUUUUUUUUUUUUGUAUGUCCUUUACAUGAAAGGGUUUUUGUUUUACAAAUUCUCAAAGGUUGCUCAUUGUGACUGUUUUCAUAAGUUAUGGUUUUUAUAUGGUUACAUUCAUAAUGAAAUUAAAGUUGAACUGUGA